GGUGGUUUGAUGCCCUAAAUUCCUCUUUGUUGGUAUAAACUAUUUAAGGACCAGCCUUCGAAGCGAAGCAAAAGCGUACGUGUAGUUCUGCGAUCCGGCACUUGAUAGGAAAACCCUAAUUUGAGCAGCGAAAAAUAGAUGGGUCGGCGAAAGAACAGUAACAAGAGUUCUACGAGCAACAACAAUAACAGCAGUACCAACUUCGACCACCAAGUCACGAACAUGAGUGUGGACGAUGGAGAUUUUGAAGAGACGAUGGAGAGUUCGGUAUUCGAUGACUCCAUCUCUGAGCCCGACGAGACACUCCUCGGUAGCGACCAGACCAGUGCGGACUAUUACUUCGAUUCCUACUCUCACUUUGGUAUUCAUGAAGAAAUGUUGAAAGAUACUGUAAGGACAAAGACAUAUCAAAAUGUUAUUUACCAGAAUACCUUCCUCUUUCGGAAUAAAGUAGUCCUUGAUGUUGGAGCUGGAACUGGAAUUUUGUCCCUUUUCUGUGCAAAAGCAGGAGCAAAGCAUGUAUAUGCGAUUGAAUGCUCUCAUAUGGCAGACAUGGCAAAGGAGAUUGUUAAAGCAAAUGGGUUUUCAAAUGUUAUAACAGUUUUAAAGGGAAAAGUUGAAGAGAUUGUACUUCCAAUCGCUAAAGUGGAUGUCAUCAUUUCAGAGUGGAUGGGCUAUUUUCUUUUGUUUGAGAAUAUGUUAAAUACAGUGCUGUAUGCACGUGACAAGUGGCUUAUUAACGAUGGAAUUGUGCUACCAGACAGAGCUUCCCUAUAUUUGACUGCAAUAGAGGAUGCUGAGUAUAAAGAAGACAAAAUUGAUUUCUGGAACAAUGUGUAUGGAUUUAACAUGGCAUGCAUCAGGAAGCAAUCCAUGAUGGAACCUCUUGUAGAUACAGUUGACCAGAACCAGAUUGUUACAAACUGCCAGUUGCUCAAGACAAUGGAUAUAUCAAAGAUGGCUCCUGGGGAUGCAUCCUUUACCGCCCCAUUUAAACUGGUUGCUGAGCGCAACGAUUUUAUCCAUGCUCUUGUUGCAUACUUUGAUGUUACAUUUACGAAGUGUCACAAGUUGACUGGCUUCUCUACAGGGCCAAGAUCACGGGCGACACAUUGGAAGCAGACAGUCCUCUACCUGGAGGACGUACUAACCAUAUGCGAAGGAGAGGCAUUGGUUGGGAGCAUGACUGUGGCGCCUAACAAGAAAAAUCCUCGUGAUGUUGAUAUAAUGCUCAAGUAUUCAUUGAAAGGUCAGCGUUGCCAGGUCUCAAGAACUCAACAUUAUAAGAUGCGCUGAUUUCCUAUCAUCAUCUUCACUUGGAAGGAUUCUACGCAUAUAUGGUUUUUAAUUAUUGACAUCUGAGCUUUAUUAUUUUAGAAAGUAAUCUUCCAAUUUGGGGCCAUGAGAUUUUUUUUCUUUUGGUUAUUUACUUAAUGAGAAAGAGCAGUAAAGCUCAAAUGUAUCAUUUUUGUAAUUUGCUUUAGUAAUUUAAAGACGAAUGAUAACGAAAUGUAAUGUUAAAAACUUAAAAUUUCUUUUUUCCCUC